UGUCAUUUUUCGUUUAUUUAUUUUUGUUCAAUUUUGCAACCAAAAAACGGUGAAUUUUUUGUUUUUUAAGAAAGAAAAAUCAUUUCAAACAUCCAAUAUCCCAAACAUCAAAGAUCAGCAUCUUUUUUUUCCAGAAAAAAAGUGAAACUUUUUAUGGUAUUUUCCACAACAACAGCAACAAGUUUUUCUGAUCUUGUCCCAAAAAAAUCUUAAUUAGGUAAAAAUUACCGAGAGAAAACCGAUCAAAAUGGCCGAACCAAAUCGAAUAUUUGUCAAUGUACAAAUAGCGGAUCGAUUGAAAAGAAAAACAUUUUCAAAACAAACAAAAAGAUCUCAAUAUAAUCCUCAUUAUCCAUCGCUAUUUCCAUCAACAUCAAAACAACAAUUAAAAUCGACAACAACAAAUCUACAACAACAACAACAAAAUUAUAAUGUUGUUGAUUCAUUUCAACAGCAACAACAACAAUUUUAUGAUGAUGAUAGUGCAAUUGGAAUGUCAGAAAAACAGCCAUUAAUUGAUAAUGAAUUUACAAUUUCCGGAAAUUAUAAUAAUAAUGAUAAUGAUUUAUCAAAAACCUUUAUAAAUAAUAAUAAAUAUAAAUUAAUUUCAAAUUAUAAAAGUAAUAAUAAUGGUGAUAAUCUAAGUGAUUAUAGUUCAAAUGAUUAUGAUUCAAAUGGAUCAAAGUAUCCACAACAAGAAUCAUCAUUAGAACAAUAUCAAAAAAAGAAAAAAAUGUUGGUCAAAGAAAAACGUACAACAAAUAUGCAAACAAUGAUGCAUAUUAUGAAGGCGAAUAUUGGUACCGGUAUUCUGGCAAUGCCAAGUGCAUUCAUGAAUGCCGGUCUUUAUGUUGGCCUCGUAUCUUUACCAAUACUUUGUAUGCUUUGUACACAUUGUAUGCAUAUAUUAGUAAGGGCAAAUAAUAUUCUUUCGGAACGUUUAGGAACCGGAAAACUGGAAUAUCAAGAUGUGGCGCUGAAUGCAUUCACAAUCGGUCCACGACCAUUACGUCCAUUUUCACAAUGGGCAUCAAGAAUUGUUAAUCUUUUUCUAUUGAUUACACAAUUAGGUUUUUGUUGUGUUUAUUCAUUGUUUGUUGCUGAAAAUAUUAGUCAGUUUAUAAGUGAAUUAACACCGGAACAAUUUCAUUAUAAACCAAAUUUAUAUCUAGUUUUCUUCCUACCAUUAUUUAUAUUAUUAUCAUUUGUUAAAAGUUUAAAACAUUUAUCGCUAGCAUCAAGUAUGGCAAAUUUAUUACAAACCGUUGGUCUUGUAAUUGUAAUGAUAAAUUUGGUACAAGAUUUACCAAAUCCAGAUCAAGUAACACAAGUUGGUUCACUGGCAAGAUAUCCAUUAUUUCUGGGUACGGCUGUUUAUGCAUUCGAAGGUAUCGGACUGAUAUUACCAUUACAAAAAGAAAUGCAAACACCGGAAACAUUACAAGGUUAUGUUGGUGUUUUGAAUACAUCAAUGUCAUUGGUAGCAUCGAUAAAUAUUGCUAUCGGUUUUUUUGGUUAUCUUAAAUACGGUAACCUUGUUAAAGGUUCAAUAACAUUAAAUCUACCGGCUGAACCACUUUAUCAAUCAUGUAAAGUUAUAUUUGCAUGUGCAAUAUUCCUAUCAUAUGCAAUACAAUUUUAUGUCCCUGUACAAAUAAUAUGGCCAUGGAUUUGUCAAAAAUUUCAACUUAAAGAAGGUACUAAAAAAACUAAUACUAUUGAAUAUUUUUUUCGUGCUGGUUUGGUUACGUUUACAGUUGCAUUAGCUGCUGCAAUACCAAAAUUAGAUUUAUUCAUAUCAUUAGUUGGUGCUAUAUCAUCAAGCGGUAUUGCACUGAUGUUUCCACCAAUUAUUGAUAUUUGUGUUUUAUGGAAUGAAGAAAAAGGUUUAGGUCGUUGGAUGUGGAUCUACCUAAAAGAUGGUGCUAUAUUUUUAUUAGGUAUUGCUGGCUUUACAACCGGUACUUAUGCUAGUAUUGAAAAUAUUUUACAACAUAUUAAUGAUUGAAUCAAUCAGAAAUCAAAAUCCUAAAUCAAUCAAAUCGAUCGAUCAAUCAAAAAAACAAUCAAUCUUUUCAUCAAUCAAUCAAUCAACCGUCA